CUCCCGGACACAUACACAUACACGUAGACACACACACAACUCACACCUACUCCUUCACGCACAGUAAGUGUGCAAGAAAGUAAGGAGGGAAGGAACGCAAACAGUAACUCCCUUCCUGCCCUGCCCUUCCCUGCCCUUCAACAACAGAGGCAGGUGCUACGAAGAGCCAAGACAUUUGGGGGGAGGACGACGAUGACGAAGGCUGUGGAAGCUGCGAUGGCAGCGAGGGAGGUCGAUUCGCAGGCAGGGAAUGGAAUGAAAUCCUUCUUGCACAUUCCGUCGCACGCUGAAGUAUUAGAGAGAUCUCGACCCCAGGCUCCGCCUUCCUUUUUCCGUCCUUCUUCCAGCGCCGCACCGCCUGUCGAGGCAGUGGGAGCAGCGUCGGUAUCCAGCUCAGCUUCUCAGCAGCAGCAGUCACUGGGAAGAGCUGGCGGUGUGCCGGGUUCCUUCGGGGAGGCGUUUUCUUUCGUGAGACAAACGGAAUUUUACACUCCGCCUCCUGCGGCUCCCACUCCUACUGUCCCUGUUGCGCCUUCAGAAGGUGUCCCUGGAAACGGGGUUGGAUCUAGGUCGCAAGAGGCUCUGCCAACUGUUAACUCUCAAGCGCGUAAUGCAAUUUUGGUUAACCGUCGCCAGACAGGAAAUCCAGUGCUAAAAUAUAUCCGAAACGUUCGAUGGGUGUUUGGCGAUAUUGUGCCCGACUAUCUGCUCGGCCAGUCGACUUGUGCUCUUUACAUAAGUUUACGUUAUCAUCUACUUCAUCCCGAUUAUCUCUAUUUUCGAAUCCGGGAGCUACAGAAGGGCUUUCGGCUACGGGUGGUACUAUGUCACGUUGACUUGGAGGAUGUGAUCAAACCGCUACAUGAAGUAAUAAAGACAUCUCUACUUCACGACUGCAGCCUUCUCUGUGCAUGGAGUUUGGAAGAGUGUGCUCGGUAUUUGGAGACACUGAAAACAUAUGAACACAAACCAGCUGACAAUAUCCAAGAGCGUACCGAUAACGACUAUAUCUCCAGGAUGACCAGUGCGUUGACAACAGUGAGACAUGUGAACAAGACAGAUGUAUUGACCCUGGGGUCUACAUUUGAGACCUUAACUGGAAUAUUUAGCGCUUCAAUGGAAGAUCUAGCACGCUGCCCAGGAAUUGGUGAAAGAAAAGUGAAACGAUUAUACGACGCUUUUCAUGAACCCUUCCGACGCACCACCAAGCAACUCCAGUUGGACAAUAUGUUAACGAAGGUCAGUCAAAGUGUUACAGCGGAAUCAAAUACUACCCUUGAUUCUUCAACCAUGCAAAUAGAUACAGUUGAUACUGCUGUUGGUGCUAGUGAACCAAAUGCUGACAUACCAGAACUUUCAGUGCGACAAGCUUUGAAUACUGCGUAUGCAAAGGUUGUAGAACGGAGACGUGGUUCGCGAACCGAGACGUCCAUGAAAGACAUGAGCACUGAUUGCAGACAUACACCUCUUGUAAAUGUUGAAGUUAUUGAUAUCACAUAGCCCAUUGCAUUUCUGCGGAUAUGCUUAACAUCUUCACUACCCAAACAAUAGACUGCAGAGUAAUGAAGGACUUUCUGGGACUCACACACGCCACAGAUCUUGUAAACCUUCUAAAUCAAACAAUUGCUUGGGAGUUCAUUUAUGUGAAAUGAACUGACUUCUGACCGAGUUUAAGCCCCAA